AUGUUGAGGAAUCCAAAUCAUGGUACAUUCUACACAUACUUUAGAACAAAGUAUCAUCACUGGUCUGAUGUGAUUGAUAUCAUUGAGAAUGGUCACUUUGGUCUACUUCGUGAUCGUGUCAAGCGCAACCUAUUCAUCAACGCCACAAAAAAUACAAUGACAGCAAUGUGUGGAACAAACAUAGAUGAUGUCACAUUCGACGCUGUAUACAUCAAGUAUCAAAUGUACUUUAGGGACCCAGCGGCACUGGAGGAGGCAGUGGGCAUUGGCAACAUUCACAUCGUGAAGACCCUACUCAACCAGAGGCAACCAAUGGCAUUCAAACGAGAUUACAACUUGACCAAGUACGCAUUCAACAAGUCACAGUUCAAGAUGUUGAUGUACCUGCGUGAGACUGGUGAGUUUGACAAUGAUAGACUGGUGGCGAACGAUCACAUGGAGUUGGCCAACAGCUUGUUCAAGACCCGCAAUUCCGACACCAUCAGGUACAUGCUCAAGUCGCUUCCAGAGUCCUUUGUACUUGGUUCACUGAUCAGAUCGCAUGCGUGCAUUGGAGCCAAUCCCCAAAAUAUAGUGAUGACGGGCGACCCGGACCUCAUCACUGAGCUGCUUGCCAAGGACAUCGACAAGAUAAGGAUUGUGAUCAAGUCAAACAACAGGUACAUAGUAGACUACAAAGAGUUGAAGAAUGUCACGCCAAGACAACAACUAGAGCACCUGGAGAGAUUGAUUGAUUUUGGAUUCAUUCAAGGACGUGGCUCGGAGCGAGAUCCCAAUGCAUUGCUCAAAUGGUCAAUGGACACGACUCACACAAUCGCAUUGUUGUUGGGUGACGAAGAUGCUCGAAUGAUCGAUCAUAUACAACGCGUGGACAUUGGCAAUGAGGCCAGGAUGGUGUUCAUCAAGAUUGGUGAGAUCGCCGCCAUGGACAAGAAGUUGGGAUACAUAUUCUUAUACUACAUCAUGCGAGAGUAUGCGUCUACAGGUGAUUGUUUCCUCAUACCAUAUCUCAUGGAUAUCUGGAAUCAUACCGUUUGGAAUGAACUCAACAAUGGCACACUAUUCAACAACAUCACCAAGAAUGGCACACUGACCCAGGCUCGAGUGGCAAUAGGAUACAUCGAGAAGGGAGAGACGCAUACGACCCCAAACAAGCAUGUUGAUGGCUACCUCUACUCACACUGGAUCGAGUCCAAGAAUCCAGACACUGCCAUGUCCGUUAUCAAAUACUUUAACAAUCAUGGCGUGACGAUCACCUCAAUCAUCGACACUCAGGUCGUCACCAAUGUGGACAUGCUGAACUUCCUCAUGUCCGACCAGAACAAGAUAUUCCCAUCAUGGUAUCCACGCAAGUUUAUUGGGCGAUCAGUACUUCAGGCGGCACUGGAGAAGGGAUACCCCAAGUCAGUGCCUAUGCACCAGGCGCAGUUCAACGCGAGGAUUGCAGCAGCUGCAGGACGCCUGGACAUUAUCAACUUGUUCCUGGAAUAUUGGCCAGAUCUCUUCACACGGGACCAGGAGUUGCAGCUGAUGUGUGUGAUGAUGGGCAAUGAGGAGAUCAACAAGCAGCUGUCAUCUAAUAGCCUGGUGGACUUCACCGCCGAUCAUGUAUGGUCAUACAGUGGGGCACUGGGCGAUCCUCAGGUGUUGGAGUUCAUGCUCAAACAUUGUACAUUGGAUAAGAUCAAGUUGGAGAAGUCACUAAACUCAAUGAUAGAUGUUGGAUUCCAACAAGAUCACUUGGAUGAGUUCAUUGGAUUGGCCGUCAAGAAUGGUCAUGUGGAGACAUUGGAAUUCAUUUUAAGUCAACUAGUCAAUAAGACUCGAGACCCAAUCAUAGAGUCAAAGUUGCGUCAAUAUACAACAAUGUUGAUCGAUCAGUCUGACACUCACAUGUUGCACUAUCUUGUACAUAUUGGUGCGACGUUGGACACAAAGGGCAUAUACAUCAACGAGUCAUUCAGGAGCAACAAAACAAUCCAGGCCAUUAUCGAAAGAUACAAACAACAGAGAUCCAAACCAAAGGCCAUGGCAAAGGGUAGUCGGAAGGUGUUGCGCAAGUAA